ACCUCGGCCUCACUGUAAAACCCCGCCGAAUGGCUCAACCAGUCCAGUUCCCCUCGUCGGCAUAAAAAGCCCGGAAACAAAAAAACGAGAGAGGCUUAUUGUACGUACACCACCACUCUGAGAAAUAACGAAAGCUCAAGGAUAGAUUGUUAGUGAGUUUGAAGACCGCUCGCCACCGGCACUAGUCCAUCUAAAGAAUAUUCGACGACACGUGUUUGCAACGGACAUUCCGGUCCACUUGGACUGGCAUCUUCACCUCACACUUUGGUCGGAUUAAGUGCUGUCCACUGUGAUGAGCAUUUUAGCUAUUACCCAGCUCAAUGCAAUUGGCAAAGGGUUGAAAUUCGUGACCCACUGCGAAUUCAGAGUGUUGUAGUUCCGAAAAUCGUACGAGGGACAUAUGCAUCGGAUUGCUUGCAACAGGUGAACCAAACCCAGACAAGACACUUUGUGGAAACUACAAGCACCCCACCAAGGUGUCAAGGACUUUGGGUGACUUGCCAGUUGCAUCAUAUUGUGAAUUGGGGUAUGGUGGUAGGUGUGACGGCGGGGCGAUGACACUCAAUCACCGUCCGCCGUCGUCACCACGAGUCCCCCAGGACUCGACCGACUUCCUUAUCCCAUACCCAUUCCCGAUCCUGAUUCACAACAAAAAUAUCUGUCACUCGCGAUAUCGUACGAGCAGUAUAACUCAUCGAGUAACAACGACGAAUAGGUAUGAAAGAUCGCUCUCGUCAUCACGAGCACAAUCAGGGGAUGCCAUUGGAAGAGAUACAGGGACUCUUACCGCCGUCUUCCAGAACAGGUAACCGGGGUCCGUUGAAUGUUACAAUCGUGCAAGUGGGCGGUGGUAAUAACAAUGGAAGUGGCGGAGGACACGAGUAUCUUGGGCUGGACACGGCAGAAUUAAAACCUGUUCCAUCACCUCUCUCUGAAACCAGCACUACUCUGCCGUCUGACAACAAUGACACCUUCACUGGUGGAGUUGAUCCUCGCCUUCUCCUGGGAGCAGUGGGUGGUGCAGGAGAUCGUAGCGGUUGGGAGGGUCGUUACUACGUCAAAGAGCAUCGUCGUGCUGGAAAGGCAACUUUUCAAGGUCAAGUGUACAACUUCCUCGAGCGACCAACUGGCUGGAAGUGCUUCCUUUACCACUUCUCUGUGUUCAUGGUGGUAUUGGUGUGCCUCAUAUUUAGCGUUUUAUCGACGAUAGAACAAUACAGUAAUUUUGCAAAUGAAACAUUGUUUUGGAUGGAAAUAUGUUUGGUAUUUUUUUUUGGAUUCGAGUACUUGGUGAGAUUAUGGAGCGCCGGCUGCAGGUCGAAGUACAUGGGAUGCUGCGGUCGUCUCAGAUUCAUACGCAAACCAAUUUGUAUUAUAGAUUUAAUCGUAGUCGUUGCAUCCAUGGUGGUGCUGUCAGUGGGGAGCAAUGGACAAGUAUUUGCCACGUCGGCAAUUCGUGGUAUUCGAUUUCUACAAAUUCUGCGGAUGCUCCAUGUCGAUCGUCAGGGUGGCACUUGGCGACUGCUCGGAUCUGUUGUUUUUAUUCAUCGACAGGAAUUGAUAACAACUCUCUAUAUCGGCUUCCUCGGUCUCAUUUUCAGCAGUUACUUUGUAUAUCUUGCUGAGAAAGAUGCUGUUGGACCUGAUGGCAAAACCGAUUUCUCCAGUUAUGCCGAUGCGUUGUGGUGGGGUGUGAUAACAGUAACAACCAUAGGGUAUGGCGACACAGUACCUCAAACAUGGAUGGGAAAAAUCGUUGCCUCCUGUUUCAGUGUAUUCGCCAUAUCAUUCUUCGCACUUCCAGCGGGCAUCCUUGGCUCUGGUUUUGCCCUCAAAGUCCAACAAAAACAACGUCAGAAACACUUCAACCGCCAGAUACCAGCAGCGGCAAUGUUGAUCCAAUGUCUUUGGCGAUGUUAUGCGGCGGACAAGGCCAUCAACAGCGUUGCUACAUGGAAUAUUUACAUAAAGGACCCAGCACCACCAGGUCAACCAUCCACUCCACUUGGAAAGUUGAUUUGUGUAAAGAAGAUGGUGGCUAAAAAGGCGAGUGUCCUGAAGAGGCGGAAAUCGAGAAAUCGAAUGGAGAUGCAGAACCAACAGCCAGCACCAUCACAACCACCAGUCACUCUAUCAGGUGCCACCACAGCACCACAGACUGACAGUAGGAUUGAUAAUGAGGGAGAUGUUGUUUUUUACAUGGAGGAGCCUAAAUCAGGCACACCCAAUCGAGUCAGACGAGAUAACCGGGGUAGUUUAUUCACAUCACAGACGAGCUCUGUGACAGAGGCGGCGAGCGACGAAAUUGACAUCGACAUUGAUGAGCCACAACGAGUUACGACGCUGACAGAGGCACACAGGAAUGCGAUAAGGGCUAUCAGAAAGAUAAAAUAUUUUGUCGCUAGGCGGAAAUUUCAGCAAGCGAGAAAACCCUACGACGUGCGAGAUGUAAUCGAGCAAUAUAGCCAGGGCCACUUAAAUAUGAUGGUUAGAAUUAAGGAGCUGCAGAGGAGAUUGGAUCAAACCCUUGGUAAGCCGGGAAGCUACCUAGCAGGAAUUGACCGGGCUGGCAACAUAAAACCCAUGACGAUUGGUGCUCGUCUGUAUCGAGUCGAACAGCAGCUCUCCGUAAUGGAUAAAAAACUCGAUCAACUAGUGUACGUAUUGAACGCAGUAGCCCAGAAGCAGCAAAUACCACUGAGAAGCAUCGAGGACGAUGUGUAACAGAUCGCCCCCAAUGAAUUAGUGCAUGCAAUAUGUCAUCGUACUCAGCCUCGAUUAACGAUAACCACAGUUGUACCAGAAAUGCUCAGCAGAGCUCAUUAAGAGCCCUCCAGCAACCCAAAUACAUCGGUAUGUUCGAAUUUUGUGGUGUAAUUAACAAAAAUGUCAUAAAACUCUCAACGCCAGCGCGAAAUUCCGAUAAAUGCGUUAACUGUAAAAUCGUUGAUGAAUUCAUCUGAUUUUUUAAACGUGAGGACAAAUUAAUUUUAUUUCCAUGGAAUGGCUGAUACGCACACAACAAGAUGCUACAACAAAUAACCAAGUAGGGGAGAAUAAUUCACGUACAAGCCACGCCGAUUUUCUCCAUGAAAAAUACGAUGGACUGGUUCCACUUUAGCUUGAUCAUUCAGCUUUCACUCGAUAUCAAUGAAUCAAUACAAUUCGAAUUAUAUGACCCUAUCGCACAGCAGAGAGUGGGAGUUAUAGAGGAAAUAUUUUACCAAUAAAUUUUUUCAAUUCACCCUGUAAUACUAUCGGGAAACGUCGAUUCAACGGAAUCCAGAGAAUCUGUAGCCUUUUGUGAGGAACAAACGCGACAUCCCUAUCUCUCCUGGGAUUCUCCCAGCUCAUGUACAUCUAGUUAAUAAUUUUAAUUGAAAACAACUUGGAUAGACCUUGUAAAUACAUUAAUUGGAUAAGAAGGUAUCGGUGAAUUAAUGAUAAUGGUAGAAUGAGCUUCGUAGAAAGAGGCUAUCGACGGUAUUUUCAACGGUACAGUAAUCAGUAGACGGUAAAAUUGCAGUUUGUAGGGUCCAAAAUGAAUGAAAACUGUGGAAAAGUUAUUAUCAAUGAGUAUGAGAGGAUUUACAAGUGCUUCGGAAAAUGAAUUAUCGAAGUCAUUCAGUGAAAUUAGUACGUUUCUCGAUUGAAUGGACAAAAGAGUGGAUUUGAUAGCUGUGCAUGCUCCAUAAUAUGGAUAACGCUAUCGUAUAAUGCAUCAAUGCAAAUUCAUUUUGGUGCAUGUUCCGCAUGGAUGGGCGAACGAUUGAGUGAGCACAUGGUAAAGAUACUGGCGGGAGCGUGUAAAUUUGUUUUUUUUUUGUCAAUUGUGGGAACAGGAAUCGUACUGUGUGAAAUAAAUGAAACUGCUUCGAGUCUACAAGUGCAUAUUUUGCACAUUCUAUGGUGCCUCUCACUGAAUCUACUUCACUAUGAGAUAUUUCAAUUAGAUAGACAUUGAACGAGUUACAAUAAAUAAAUCGCUGAGAGUUGCAAUUAUCUUGAUAAUAAUAAUAAGUAAUGGUUUUUUGACAAUUUCUCACAACUUCUGCUUGUGAAUUUGCGCAGCACCGAUUACAACAGUAAUUACUGAUUCUAGGUAAUUGUCGGUUUUAUAUUGUAAGGGGAAUAUUUCAUAAUUUAAGAGGCUUCACAAUUUGAAUGUUCAGAAUUUUUUUAUACUAACUCGCUUAUGUUGAUUAGUCAAUUUUUCAAUUUGCGUAAGACUAGUAGAGUUGUAAAGUUCAUUGAUAAUAUGCAGACAUUCGUCAGUGGAGGAUUAUUGAUACGGAAUUUUUAAUUGUACUUGAAAUUUCUCGGAAUAAAAUUUGGAUAAUCAGUAGGUAGACUGACAUAGUUGACAACUCGUCUCAUCUAAUUUUCACUAUUGUAAAUUUGCACCCCAGGAAUUAAGUACAUCUCGUUCGUUAAAACUAAUCUACGAGUGGCAAGUAGUGUUCGUGAAUCGGCCGAAAAAAUCUCUAGAAUUACGCGUAAACUACAAUUUUUAUUAUGAAAAUUAUGAAAAACCACGGAAUUACGACGUACGAAUCGAAAAAUAUAAUCACACAAUUAGAUAUUUGCGUAAUUCGAUUGUAUUCAAGUGAACAAGUUAAAUCUAUAUUCGUAGAGAUGAGAAAUUAUACGAUAAUACCGAGUAGUGAAACAACAAUGGCAUAUAAAUAAAUUCAUAAGUCAACUCGAGUAAACGUAGAAUUCGCAGUGAAAAGAAUAAAAAUCAGCUAUUCGCAGCUUAGAAUGUGAUAUUACGCAACCUAGUUAUCAAAAAUGUGAAUAGGUUUUACUCAACCACGUGUUUGCCUCUCUUAUUCAUAUCCCCAUAUAUUUCUGCAUUGUUGAGAAGAGAAUUACCAGAAUAAUUUGAACUGAACACAACUAUGUAAUUGUCGCGCAGGGAAUGGAACAAAGCGGGUAAAUUACAUGCGAACCUGAAAAUGCUUGGACAUAUUGAAAUGAGUAUAACAACUUUGAUCGGAAAAAAAGUCAAUGCACUCACUCGCCUGUUGCAUAAAAAGAUGCAUUACUCAUUUUUUAUUAUCCAAGCUGCUUCGGAAAACUACUUAAGCUUUUUCUACGCAAAACGUGGCUGUUAUCCGUAAGUUUCAUCCGUAAGUUUUAGUCCAAUCGUUUCUAAUAAUGAUUGAUAAAUCAAGUGAUCACAUUCCGAGUUGAUGCAGUGAUAUAUCUAUCACAUUUUAACUAGGUGCUUAGUGUAUAUUUCCUCUUGAAAAUAAGCAUGAGGGUACGAAAUGUGAAUUGAUCAAACUGAUGAAUUGAUAGUCCUUCGAAUUUGGUUCUCAACUCGGGCACAAAUAUUAUUACCAAUAUUAAGUACCAAAAAUCAUAAAUAUCUAUAUUUCAUGAAGCAAUUUGAUGAAGAACUGUUACCAUUGUACAUGAUUUUCUAUUAUCAAUAGAAUCAGAGUAUUUUAUCGCUGCUUCUUGUGUACCUAUUUUUCUUGUUACUGUUGAUCGGUCCCCAAAUUAUAAUAUAUCACUAGUCCUUCGACACUCAAAUCUUUAAAAGUUUGAUAAUACAAUGUCUUUAAAUUGAAAAACUGUAAAUUCGAUAAUUUGGACCAACGUUAUAUCUUCAAAAUUUUAAUUAAAUUAUACAUUGGAUGAAGUCAAUAUAAUCGAGCCUAUUUAUCGGUCUUUGAGGGAAUGCAGUUCGAGGGGAAAAUUUUUUCGAGAAAUACUGUUGUGGAUGAGACAUCGAAGUUAACUGUAUACGUGAUGACAAAUCUGUUUUUUCCGAAAUAUUCGUACAAUACCCGUGACCAAAUAAAUGACCUUUUUCCACAGUGGAACAACUCAUUAACCUUGGGAAUUUUCUAAAAUUCUAUCUGACCAAAUUAAUUCCAAACACCGAAAUGAUUCCUUCAUUCAUCUCACAAUAUCUAGACUGUAUUCAAAAAUCAGUAACAAUAAAUAAUACGGUGUGCAUCGCCGAGUGAUGCUAGUUGUGCAUCUACGACUGCUCUGGCUUCGAGAGAAUCCCAUUUAUUUAGGAACCGAGAUUAACGAGAAUGUUAAAGUCAACAUUGUAAUACUCCACUCUGUAACGAAUAAAAUGUCAAAUCUCGUACGUGUCGCAACGAUGACAAUCUUUAGUGAUAAUAUGUAAAUUGCAACGACAGCUGUGAGACUGAUGGAUAUCGGAGAGUGGAAAGAAGAGCAGAAUGUCAAAGUGCGAAGAGCAUGCAGUCUUUGCCCACGAAACUCUCAAAGCUGAAGCAAUCGGGCAUGUUCAGUGCACUGAAAGAAUCGAUAAUAGAAUGCGAUGAAAAAAUCAAUCAUAUCACCGUAGUUGCCUAUAUUACUAUCCACCUAGUAGUAUAUCAACUGAACUGUUGAGCCGCUCAUAAGGCGCGUUAAUAAUUUCAUAAAUUGUAACCAAUUUAAGGGGAAAAUCAUUCAUUUUAAAAAUUUAUUUCGUCAUGAGGAAGAGCUCUGAUAUUUAAACGAAUCAAUUGUUCGUUCAAACUUUGAUUCAACCCAUUGGGCUUGGAAUUUCACAGAGUUAUUCUUUACGAACUGAUGAGUGUAGAGAAUAGAUGCCAAUUUUAGUCUCCAUUGUUAACUAAUUAUGAAUUUUAUCAAUUUUCAUUAUUCGAUAAAUCGAAGGUAAAGGUCACUUAUUGAUAAUAAAUAUAGUGUAUCACGUGAAACUUGUCCAAUAAUGAUAUUAACAAUUUUCCGAAAGCAAAUAUAUUUUGCAAGUGUCCUUCCAAAUAUUGUAAACGUGAUAGCGCGCUCUGAAGGGUCUACGAUACUCUUAGAUUUAACGACGGUGAGAAUAAUUAUUUCAAAAAUCAUAAGAUAAUAAACACGCAGAUAAAUGAAAAUGAGUGGUCCAUCCGUAUGGAGAAAGAAAUUUAGGUUUCCACGACAGAAAUUAAAAUUAAAGGUGAGAGUUUCACGAUAGAUAAGAAUCAUGUUUAGAUAUCGAUGUAAGUACCGUGGAUGGACCAAUUGUAUAAAUAAUUUAUAAAUAUAGGUGAUAAUUAAUAUAAAAAAUGCUACUAUUAUUUUAAUGAAUUAUACAUACCGAGUAAUUUACGCCUGAUGACGUUGUACAUUUGUGAACAUCGUUCCCUGUUAUACAUAACGAAACACGAUUAUUAUUAAUAACAAUAAACAGCUAUCUACAGUUGAAUAAAUCAUAUCAAAUAUCUCGAGAUAUUUUUUUAUUAUUCUUCAUAAGUGUGUGAGUCUUGCACGAUUUCUAAAUUACUAGUUCUUUUUUCAGCAUUAUCUUUUACUAAAGUAAUCAUAUUCGUUAGAUUGCAUUCAAUCAAUGGAAUAAUUUUUCCGUCAUUAAUUAAUAUGGUCCAUAAUAUUUUCCACCUGCAUUAGCAUUUGCUGGUACAUCGCACAGGAAAAUUCGGGCAAGUUGUCGAUACAUUAUCAAGCCGACAGUUCAGACAGACAUUUCAUGGAGUCAUUAAAAUUUUAAAAUUUCAGUGAAUACCGAUUUCGUAACGCAGAAAAUAACA